UUUUUUGACGAUAAAAAAUGACAAAGGGAUGGUGGCUGGUGUGUAUUGUGGUCAAGAAACGGGCAGGAAAGUCAUAAUUGCUGGGGAGUCUGUGCAAAUAGUAUUCCAUUCUAAUGAAAAUAAUCAACGACAAGGAUUUCGUUUGCACUUUUCAUUUGUUCCAUAUGGAUGUGGUGUGGUCCAUAAUAAUACACUGACCAGUCCUGGAUAUCCUAACCACUAUCCAAGCAAUACAGACUGUGCGUCUUUUGUUUCCAUUCCACAAAACAAGCAGAUGAAAAUUUACUUUGCUGAGUUUGACGUUGAGGACAGCGACCAUUGCAUCUGGGACUUCUUGAGGAUCACCAACGAGAAGAACGACUACUUUGGUUUAUACUGUGGAGAGAAGGCAGGGAAGGAGGUUUUUGUAACUGGACAAUAUGCCUUCAUGGCUUUUCAUUCAGAUGCUUCUGAACAAAAACGGGGAUUCAAGAUAUACUUUACACCUGUUCCAUUCGACUGUGGGUCCGUGACCAAUAAUAAGCUGAGAAGUCCUGGGUAUCCUCUCGGCUACCCAAGCAAUCUAGAUUGCAAUUACUCCGUCCCUAUUCCUCCAAACACGCAAAUGCAAAUCAUGAUUUGGGAUUUACAGUUGGAAGAUCACGCAUUGUGCAGGCAUGACUUUUUGCAGAUAAAUAGGAAAGUAAAUCAAAGGUCGGUAUUGCUCUCCACAAUUUGUGGCCGAGUGACUAAUUACCGGAUUGCUAUCUCUGGAGACUUUGCUCUGUUAAGGUUCCACACUGAUAACAAAAGUGAACAGAGAGGCUUUGAAAUAUAUUUUCUGUUUUUUCAAGACGAAUGUGGUUCAUUGGCAAAUGAUACACUGAAAAGCCCUGGAUAUCCCAAAAACUACCCAAAUAGUACGGACUGUGAUUAUGUGGUUCAUAUUCCACAAGCGAUGACGAUGAAUAUUACCUUCAUUGAUUUUGAAUUAGAGCUGGAUUCUUCAGGAUGCAGAUUUGAUUACGUAACUAUUACUGAUGAUGAAGGAACGGAGAUUGGGAGGUUCUGUGGCAGACAAACAGGCAAGAUUUUAUUUUUGACUGGAGAGUUCUUCGCAAUAACCUUCCACUCAGACCACAGUCGAGAAGAGAGGGGAUUCCAUUUAAAAUUUACCGCUGUUCCAUUUGUUCCGCCAAUGAUAACGUCACCAGAUCCCAAAGUACCCAUAACUCCAGGCAGUCAGGUAUCGUGUUUAGCCUCUGGAACCCCUCUCAUUUACACAUCGAUAGUUCAUGGACAGACAUCUGCAGUACUGAUAAACACCACAGACUCAGCAAGUAUCAGAUUAUAUGAGGAAGGUAACUACAGCUGUAUGGCAAAUAGCAAGUAUGGCAUUGACACGGCAGUGCUUUUAGUGAAAGGGUGUGGACCAAUCAUUAAAAAUACGAUGAGAAGUCCCGGUUAUCCUGAAAAUUACCCAGCCAACAUGGACUGUACGUCAGCAGUUCCGAUCGAACGAGGCCGGCAGAUGGAAGUUUAUCUCAGCAAGUUUGAACUUGAAGAUAGUCCGUCGUGCGACCGCGACUUUUUAAAGAUUACCAAUGAGGCGGAUCAGGUUUUCGGAGUGUACUGCGGGAAAAUAACUGGAGAAAAGGUUCUUGUAAAUGGAAGCUAUGCUCUGAUGAUAUUCCACUCAGACAAUGAUAUUCAAAGACGAGGAUUUUCAAUUCAUUUCUCAAUUAUACCACCUUUACGGACUUCUCUUAAGGUUCCAGAGAUAAAAACAAUAGUUCAAGAGACAGAAUCAACACAGACAACCAUCAUGGAUCAGUCUAAAGCAACGUUAGAAAUAAAAGUUAAUCCGAUGCAAAUGAACGUGACCUCCUCGGGUUCCAUCACAUACAUCGUUGUUGGUGUCGCCUCUGGUUUGUUUCUUUUGCUGUGUUUUGCUCUCAGCUGCUGGUGUUACAAAAUCAAACGACGAGAUAUGAAAAGAAGGUCUGCUCUUCCUCCUCGCAAAAUCGUCAUGCUAGACCAGUGGGAGAUUCUUCCUAGACAAAUAGAAUACAAUGAGGAGUUAGGAAGAGGAGCGUUUGGUGUUGUCUAUAGAGGAACUCUACGGAAAAGGGCUGGAAUAGAUUUGUUUCUUACUGACAAGAAAUUUACGCCAACAGAGGCUUCACGGGAGAUCGCUGUAAAGGUUUUACCAGAUGAUCCUAGCGAAGAGCAGAAACAAGCAUUUUUGCAAGAGAUAUCACAAAUGAAGCUGCUGGGUUCCCACCCGAACAUCAUAUCUUUAGUUGGAUGUUGCACUCUGCAGGACACCAAGUUUCUGGUCAUAGAGUAUGUUCCUUACGGUGACCUGCUGCACUGGUUACGCAGAAAUCGUCAAUCGGUCAGCCAAAAUCAAGUAACUGACGGAAAAGCGAAAGACUAUGAAGACAAAGAAAUUUGUAAUUUACCAAAAGAGACCUACGAUUCUGGACUGCAGGAUUCCAAGACUUCUCUUCACCAGGAGCAUAUAGAAUUGCUGACAAUACCGCCGAAAAUCCAAACAAACUGCAACGCACCCGUCACCUCGACCGAAAAUCUUGGUUAUGACGAUGAUGACGAGUCAGACAGCAACAACUUCACGGUUGACAAACUCUUUUCGUUUGGUUGGCAAAUAGCACAAGGAAUGAAUCACCUUGCAGAGAAAGACUUUGUUCACCGUGACCUUGCAGCUCGUAAUAUUCUUGUUGGUCGAGACGGACGAGUAAAGGUGUCAGACUUUGGAUUAAUGCGAAAGAUCUACGAAGACGUGUACAGUCUGAAGAAAACAAAAAACCUACCAGUUAAGUGGAUGGCACCGGAAUCUGUUUUGGACAGUAUUUUUACAACCAAAAGCGACAUUUGGUCGUAUGGGAUUCUUCUUUGGGAAAUGGCCACCAUGGGUGGUGUUCCUUACCCUACGUUGACUAAUUCUGAAGUAUGCAGACUUUUGAAGACUGGCUAUAGGAUGGAGAGGCCAGACAUGUGCUCUGAUGAAGUAUAUGAACUAAUGACCGAAUGCUGGAGGGAGGAACCAGCUGCUCGUCCCAGCUUCCACCAGCUAAUUGAAAGACUAGAACUGAUCAUCUCGAAAGACACUCCUUACUUCGACUUCAGCAAGCAAGAUGAAUCUAGGUCAUAUUACAAUAUCCUCACCUUAAGAGAUGAUGAAGAUGGCUCAUAAGCUACAGGUGACAGAAACCUACCUAGCUUCUUCAGUUAAAAAUGAUUAGCAAAUUCAUGAUGCACCAUGAUUCAAUCUAUAUUCCUUUGAGUUUUCCCAAGUUUUUGAUGGACUUAUGUAUUCCAAAAAAUGAAGUCAAACACACUCGACGGAAAUAUGUUGUUUAUAGUAAACCAACUGACAGACAUUGAUUCUUAGUAGAAAUUUCCCCGUGUAGUUAUGUUUUUGCUUAUUACUCAACAUUAGAUUAGAGAAACUGAGAAACAAUUCAAAUUUUCAGAACGUUUUCUCCAAUAAAUUCCGCGUCACCUUAAUUUUUUUCUUUCGAUGGCUUGUGACUGAACGACAUCCAGUUUGAUGAAGCAUAAAUGUUUCAAACUGAACUUCAGGAAAGAAAAUUCCUAUUAAGGAGUAGGCCCUUUUGAUGAAUAUGUUCUAGAGGUCUCUUAGGAGAAAUAGUAAGCACUUUUUUUUUCAAUUAAACGAUAUGCAUGCUUCACUUCAUAGGUCGAAAUGAAAAGUAUCAAUAGUUUAAAACAGUUUUGAUUGCGACUAAGAAGUGAUUUUAAAGAGGAUUAGCAGGAACGACUAAGAGACCAACACAUAAAUAGACAUAGCAGUUCUUUACCCUCGUGUAUUUUUAUUUAUUUAAUGUUUUUAAUGCUUAUUAAAAAGCAACUAACAAUAAUGUAAUAGGCCGUGAACAGAGACAGCAGACAACGAGAAUAAAAGCACGUGUAGUUUAAUGGCGAACUGAAAACAGAACAUCAAAACAAGCCUGCUAAGACUGACGGGUAGCAUGCGUGACGCGUGACGGGCAACAAUAAAACCGUAAAAGCGUUCACUAUAAAGUGCGGUCACACUGUUUUCAUGCACUAUCGCAUCUGUUGAAUACCGCGGUAUGCUUUUCUUACUUUUCCCCUUAAUCAUUGGAAACACUUAUGGACCUCGGCAUCGAUUAACCUCCGCCAGCCAAUCCCUUGUGAUGAGCAAUGAGCUAGGCAGAUUGUUAACGUCAAAAUUAGAUAUGUAAUCGAGAACACUAACGCUGAAGAGCGGUCUAAUAUCGGCUCUGUCUUGGAGUGGUCACCACUGAUUCCCUCAAGGUUACCCUUAAGACUUCACUGUUACACAGAGGGAAAACCACUACCUCGCCAUAUCGUCUGUUGGGGGCAUACAAACUUCUGACUUUUUACUUGAAAGAACAUGUUAUAUUCAUAAUUUCCCAACCUACCGCGUAAGAGAAGUGUGAAAAUUCUGAAUACCCUAAAUUAGAAUAAACAAGCUGCUUCAAUAUCAGCAUCCAUGUAUCAUGGAAAAACAAGAAAAAUGCAUCUUUUUCGCAAGUUCAUUUAGGAAGUUCUGAUUACCAAAGUAUAUCAUGAACCGUGCAUACUGAAAGCCAGGGAAUGUCGUGAGCGGGACAUGUAACAAAGGCCGGAAGUAAAAAAAAAGAUCAAUGAAUAACAGGAAACAAGGGAGUUGAGGAAAUGCAGAAAGAAGAAGCUCAAGGAUGCAUAUGUUUAAAUGUUGAGAAGAUGGAAUUUAUAAGGAUUUUAUUUAUCAAAAUUUUAGCAUCAGAUGUACUAUAUACAAAUGGCGUAAGUUCUUAUUUAAGAAGAGAAUACUAAAAUCAUUGAUGUGUUCUGAUUACCAGUGGACACUUUUUAGAUAUACAAAGCGUUGGAUUCAUGUAACACGUGCAGCUCCAGACCAGUCGUCAUUCCAAUCAUUUUUCUUCCCUUUGUGUGGGAGGAAAAACUGUCAUCACCAAUACUCCUUUCUGGAACAUCUAGCUCGACACCUCCAAAGCUGAUUCCAAUGAUUAACUAAGUUCUCCAAUAUCAACCUCAUUAUUGGUUGGGAUAUGUCGUCGUAUGUGUGAUGUAUGCAGAUACAAGGCCGGCAUUAUAUUAAGAACAAUGAAAGAGCCUUUGGGGCACUGUGUCAUGUCUGACUUCAUCAUGUUAGGGUGAAUAUUAUUUACUCUACGACUCUUGGCAUGUUUCUGAUCAGGGUAGUUUUCCGACCACGCAAAUUUCAAUGCCUCUCCCUAAUAUAUCCAUAGUUUAGAUGGAGGUAGUAGCGAAAGCAGCUAUUUGCGAAACCCAAUCCGAACUAAAACCAAUUUUUUUUACACGUUUGAUAUUUCCAAAACCUUAAUAAGUUUCCUCACGUGCGAAAAUCAACAUUUUUCAUUUUACAGUCUUUUAUAAGUCAACUUUAAAUUUUUAUAGGUGCUGUUUAACGCACAAUUUGCAUAUAAAAGAUUCCAACUUGCUUAGUCAACGCGAGGGGCAAGCAUGUUUAGACGCCUUUGUCAGUGGUUGUUCCCUGAAAUCUUCACUAUAAAAAACAAAAGGGAGCUGUGUUGUAAUCAAGAAGUUUCCAAAGCAAUCCUUCUUGGAAAGUUUGUUCACGAUAAGCAAAAAUGACAGCUUUUCUUUCUUCUGAACUCAGCGAAGUAGAAAGGCAAGAAGCUGUAAAAUUAAGGCGCUUGACAUCAAAACCCAACUGACGGUGACAGUUGAGCCCGCAUUUCCAUCUUUAUCAGCCACAUUUAGCGAAGUUUCAAUAUCAUUGUCUGAGACGGGCGCCAAAGCAACUAAAGCAGCGGUAAUGUUAUGGCGAGCAUGCGCUACUCGGAUCAUUGCAGUCAUCAGUAACCACAGGAGUGUCAGUACUGAGUGCCUUUGCAUUGUCGUUA